CUGGCCCCAUGGCAGACCGUACAGGAGAAGCUGCACUGUGAUUCCCCUCCAAGGUGGCCCCUGAUUUACAGGGCUCUUUCCUAGAGCUCUAACUUUGCACAAACUCAGGCUUUCUCACUCACCCAUCGCAGCUGAGAGACGGGUGUUUGUGUUUACAAAGGCUGUACUUUAGCUCGGAGUCCCAAAUCCCAACCAGUCUUUGCUCCACAUAGUGCAAGAAAUGCAUUGAUCUAGAUCUGGUACAACCCCUCAUCUCAUGCUGCCGUCCCUUCACAGCGGGUGGGAAGCAGAGGAAUCAAAAUGCCUUCACGGUGUUUCUGCACGAUGGAAAAAGGCAUCCUGUGACACAAACCUGUGCCCUUGUGUUUUGCUGAAACACAAAAGAUGUAAAAGCCACACAUGACAGAAAGCGUGCCAAAACCAAACUCCCAAAUCCUUCUAUCCUUCUCAUGCAGGAAGAAGGUGAAGAGAUCCAUGCUGACCAUAGAACUGCUAAGUUAUCAAAUGUUCGCACAGUUUAUUUUCCACAAAGAAAGUUGUCGCUACAGAUCACCCCGCCAUGUGAAAGCGAGCAACACUAUGAAUACUCUGGACGGUGCUGCACAAAGUGUGAGCCAGGAAAGUAUAUGUCUGCUAAAUGCACUGGUACUUCUGAGAGUGUGUGCCAGCCAUGUGGCCCAAAUGAGUAUAUGGAUGUUUGGAAUGAAGAAGACAAAUGCUUACUGCAUAAAAUAUGUGAUCAAGGGAAAGCUCUGAAAGAAGUGAAUCCAGGAAACAGCACGUUCCAGCGGCAGUGUGCUUGUACGACAGGUUACCACUGGAACGACGACUGUGACUGCUGUCAGCGAAACACCAUAUGUGCUCCAGGAUUUGGAGUCAAGCAUCCCGUGCAACAAGACAAGGAUACGAUGUGUACGCCAUGUCCCGCAGGCUACUUCUCAAAGGUUGCUUCAUCCACGGAUGAGUGUAAAUCCUGGACCAACUGUACUGCUCUGGGAAUGGCAGAAAUAGUCCCUGGGACUGACAAAUCAGACACAGUUUGUGCAGAAUGGAAGAUGCCUGAACAACCAGAAGAUGGUAUAUGUCCUCAUACAGGAACAAACAGGAUCUUGUACGUGUUGAUAGUCAUCUUGUUUUUCGUGGCACUAAUUGGCAUUGUCAUCUUCAUUGUGUACUACAAGAAUAAGGGAAAAAAGCUCACAGCGGAUCUACAGAACUGGGCUAACGAAGUGUGCAGCCAAAUAAAAGGAACAAAGGAGCCUCCCAGAGAUGUAUUUGUUACCACAAGUAUAACAAACACUGCUGCUCCCCAGAUUUCUGAAGAAAUGUGCCUCCUGGGUCCUGCUGGUUACUCUCCCCCUGGAAACACAUGUUGUGCAAGUGGUCACCCUCUGUGCAUGAACGGCAGCCCAGAGACAGCUCCGUACGAGGCAGCAGGGAACCUCCAAGAGUUUUCUGUGGUAUCUGAGACUAAUGAUGACCAUUUCCCACCAAUUCCCAUGGAAGAUGAAUACAUGGAUAAAGAUCUCAGUACCGCUGAUUAUUUAUCUUUACUAAGUCGGCCUAACAGUAAAACUGUGUCAUCGUUUUCAGAACCAGUGGAGAUAGGGGAGAACGAUAGCUUAAAUCAGUGCUUUUCAGGGAUUGGGAGCACAGAGGACGUAUCAUUCGCUCAAGGCUCCAACCCUUCCUCCGAAAUGGAUGGCACACACGCUGCUAUGGACAAACAUCUUCAGAAAUCUUGCCAGCAUGCCCACAGUUGCCCAAAGGAAAUAGACAGCAAAGACACAGAUCGUUUUGCAGCGAACCAUGACUCAGAGAAGAUCUGUGUGAGGUGUGGGGUUUCGUAUAGGGAAUCUCCCAGAAAGUGGAGCAAAUCCUGCUGUGCAGCUGUUGACAGUGCCUCCACCUCCCCAGAAACUGGGUCUUAUGCACAGUGCUCUUGUGGCUUGCAUUUUCUCUCUGCUGGUCAGAGUACUCUAUCAAGUGAUCAUGGUAUGGAAGAUGUGUCUUCUGAUGGUACCGACAUGAAGUACCAGCACACAAAAAGCACUUCAGGGACAAACAGCAGCACUUCAGACCUUCCACCAGCAUCUGGAAAUGUGACUGGAAACAGUAACUCUACAUUUAUUUCAAGUGGACAAGUAAUGAAUUUCAAGGGCGACAUUAUUGUUGUCUAUGUCAGUCAAAACUCCCAAGAGGGGGCAGUGGCCACUGGAAUAACUGACGAGAACGUGGGGAGCCCUGUGCAAGAGGAAAACCUGAGCCGCUGCGAGACUUUUGCCGGCAACACCCAGCAAUACAAAGAGAAGUGCGCUGAGGUGCACAGCAUGGGCUGUGGGGGGCUGCAGAGCGCCGGGACCUAUGAGCGGCACCCCAGCAGCCCUGUGCUGCAGGAGCAGAGCCCGGCCAGCCGUGGCGGCACACGCUGCUACAGCAAGGCCUUGCAGCCUGUGCAAGAGGAGGGAAAGCUGGGACAUUUCUCGGAGAAAGUGUUGAACUGAUGUCAACCGGUGUCCUUCUGAGCGUUACAGCGAGGACAGAGCCGAGGGCCAAGGCACUGAAGGGCAGCCCGCGAGGGGCAGUCGCGGGACGCACGGCUGGGCCGGCUGCCAAAAUCCAGGUUGUUGCAGCAGAUUUGUUUGUUCAGUGACUGUUGCUACCCCUGGGGUCCCCUGGGAAAUUUUCCAGCUGGAAAGGACCGUUCUGGUGCACAUGCCUGUGAUGCUACUGCUGUGGAGGUUGCUGGUGGGAAUAGAUACAGGCAGGAAGCCAGGUGUGCUGCUGCCGUUGCAGAAGUAGCAGCGUGGGUCGGGAGGACUCUGCCUUUCUCAUUAAUGGCGUG